AGGUUCAAUAACCAAUAGUCUAAUUCCUCUGUCUCAUCUUUGGUAAGCUAACAACGGUUUAAUUAGAUGGGUUACUUAUAGUAUAAGGCAGCGUCAAGUUAGGAUUACGCUGAAAUUCCUUAGUAACGCUUACCUAAUGGCUAAGCAUAUGGCCAUGGUUGCUUGUGUGAUUAUCCUUUUAGAAAUCGAUCAAAGCAUUGUCCGUUGGUUGCGACUAACACAAUUAUUAGUAGUACCGCUUCUCUAGUUGCCCAUCACAAGACGAGUUCAGCUUCAGCAUCGCUGCAAGAAUAGAAUGCCAGAUCAACGACGGUCGAGUGCAAGCAAUAUAUAGGACCAUGCACCAUGUCGAUCUGGCCGCAGCAAAGGUGGAAGAAGCCUACCGAUCAACGCGCGAAUUGGCAUCCGAUUCUUCUUCACCCCAUGCAUACCAUCCACGAACUUACGAUGUUCGUUGUCCAAGCAACGAAUCUUUACCUGUCAAAAAAACAAGCGGCUGCACCGAUCGGUCUUGCCUAACAAUGCACCAGAAUUCCACGGCCUCGUAUCCUCCACGACCUGCCGGCCGGACGGCGGGGAGCCGCCGGCGUGACAAAACGUGCGGCGACCGAACUGUAAACCUCUCGCGCCUUCUGAAUCGGGCACCAUAUAUAAAGCAACUUAGCCAUCGUUCAUGCCUCGACAGUGGAUAUACUGCUGUACAUUGGAUAGAAGUUUCACAAUUCAGGCACAGAUCGAAGAGGAGGAGUACGCGGUGUGGUGAGAACUAGAGAAGCUAGGCAGGGAGAAGGAAUUAAUUAAGAGGGGGAUCGUAUGAGAUGGCGUUCAUGCGGUAUCACCGGGCGCUGCCGCAGGGGGAGACGACGGUGGAGGAGUUCAGGGCGUGGCUGAGCCAGUUCGACGCGAACGGCGACGGGCGGAUCGGGCGGGAGGAGCUGGAGCGCGCGCUGCGCAGCCUCAACCUGUGGUUCGCGUGGUGGAAGGCGAGGGAGGCGAUGCGCGAGGCGGACGCCAACCGCAACGGCGUCGUGGACCGCGACGAGAUGGUCAGGCUCUACGCCUUCGCGCAGAGGCACCUCCACCUCAAGAUGAACGACCUCGACGAUGUUGCUUCCUACUAACUGACCAGUGCGUCAUCACGUGAGAUGUGAUUUCUAUAGGGUGUAGAUGUGUGAUCUAAGUUGUGAACUAGAGUGAAUCUUGCUUAAUGUUCUGAAGGAGUUUUUCAUCAGUUAUUUUUCUGCCGCGUUUCUGAUAAAUCGGGCGUGUUAAUCUGUACAUAGUCAUGGAUACAUGAUAUGCGUGUGCCAUGACAUCAAUACGGGGUUUGUUGUAAAAAUGGUGAAAUAUGUGUGAAUAAUAAUAUCAAGAUGCGUGAGCCAUGACA